AGGUUUAUUAUUUUGCAAAUGGGGUUUCAACUGCAAGCAAAUGAGCAGGACAUUGAGUCAUUGAUAAAGGCCAGGUCCAAUGAGAAUGUUGAUAAGAUUACUACUGUCAAGAUGCCCAUAACUUGUGAUCUUCAAACUAAAGAACCUGAUCUUAGCAGUAAUGAAACUAUUACUAGUGAUGAUAAUUAUGCUUCAUGGAUUAUGAAGUUCCCCUCUGCAUUGAGCAUGUUUGAUCAGAUGAUGAAUGAAGCAAAAGGGAAAACCAUUGUCGUGUUUUUGGAUUAUGAUGGAACCCUCUCACCGAUCGUUGAUGACCCUAGUCAGGCAAUUAUGUCGGAAGAGAUGCGCUCAGCAGUCCGUGCAGUAGCAGAGCAUUUUCCAACAGCUAUUAUCAGUGGAAGGUGCAGAGACAAGGUUUAUGACUUUGUACAGCUAACUGAUAUAUACUAUGCUGGAAGCCAUGGAAUGGAUAUAAUGGCCCCAAUGCGAACUCUCCGGCCGGCCACUGCCGAUUACCAGACAAGAACCGUUGAUCAAAUGGGGAAUGAAGUAGUAGUUUUCCAACCUGCCCAAGAGUUCUUACCAGCAAUUCAAGAGAUAUUGAAGGCAUUGGAGGAAAAGACCAAAACAAUACGGGGUGUUACAACAGAAAACAAUAAGUUCUGUGUAUCUGUUCACUUUCGGAAUAUUGAUAAGGAGGACUAUUUCGAACUUGAAGAGCAGGUGAAGUCUGUGCUUAAGGAUUAUGCAAAUUUUCACCUAACUAGAGGUAGAAAGGUCAUGGAAAUACGUCCAUCUAUAAAGUGGGACAAGGGUCAUGCGCUGGAAUAUCUACUGGAAACUCUGGGGUUUGGCGAUUCCAAUGAUGUCCUUCCAAUGUACAUCGGAGAUGACAGAACUGAUGAAGAUGCUUUCAAGGUGAUACAGAGUAGAGGACAAGGCCAAGGGUAUCCUAUUAUUGUGUCUUCCAUCCCCAAGGAGACUAAUGCUUCUUACUCUCUCCGUGAUCCAUCAGAGGUCAUGUCUUUCUUGAUCCGUCUUGCAGAAUGGUGGAACUCUUCCUUUUUAGGUUAGUUUUGUUUAUUAAUUAG